UUGUUAUAACUUCCCAAUCCCAAUAAUAUUCCCUAAAAAAAAAAAAAAACUUCCCAAUAAUAUAAUGUGCCUAUCUCUCUAAUUUCUAGUCACUUGAGAAAAUUUGCAUCAAUGGCCAACAAACGUGAAGGCAAUAUUCAAUUAGACGAGGAAACAUCAUCAAGUGUGGAUGAAGGCAACCCUUCCAUCAUGCAAUUUUGUUGUUCAUCAAACCAUACUAUAACCUUGAUACAAAAGGUGAUUGCAGAAAUAAUUGGGACAUAUUUUUUGGUGUUUGCUGGGUGUGGUGCUGUAGUAGUGAAUAAAAUAUAUGGCUCAGUCACAUUUCCAGGGAUUUGUAUCACUUGGGGACUAAUUGUAAUGGUUAUGUGUUACUCUCUUGGUCAUAUCUCUGGAGGCCACUUCAACCCUGCAGUUACCAUCACUUGGACCCUCUUUCGUAGGAUCUCAAUUAAAGAGGCUCCACUAUACAUUUUUGCUCAGUUGCUGGGGUCCACACUUGCAAGUGGGACAUUAUCUCUAAUGUUUGAUAUCACACCAAAAACUUAUUUUGGAACGGUACCAAGUGGAUCAAAUGGGCAAUCUUUAGUUGUUGAAAUCAUCAUCAGUUUUCUUCUAAUGUUUGUCGUUUCAGCAGUUUCCACUGAUGAUAGAGCGGUGAAUGACAUGGGAGGUGUUGCAGUUGGAAUGACUAUAAUGUUGAAUCUUUUUAUUGCUGGGCCUGUAUCAGGGGCUUCAAUGAAUCCAGCAAGAAGUAUUGGGCCAGCACUUGUGAAACAUAUUUACAAAGGAUUAUGGAUAUACAUUGUUGGUCCAAUUGUUGGAGCCAUAGCUGGAGCAAUUGCUUAUAACUUUCUUAGAUCCAUAGAAAAGUCACCUACAGAGUCACCAUUGAGGAACAUCAUUGUAGUUUGAUUUUUAGGGAGUUCAACUAUUUUCUUUAUUUUGAAGUAGAUUGCUUUGGUUUUAUAAGUAGUUUUGAAUUUUUUUUUCUUUAGUGUUUGAUUUUUUAGUGUAAUAUAAUAAAAUUAUGACUGCAUUCUAGUAUGGUAAUAUUAGUUAGUUUAAUGAUAGACAUGAUUAAUUGUUUUUCGAGAUGGAAAUUAGAUUAAUUUUUUGGGUUGAUUCAUUUAACUUGUAUCACCAGUAAUUGGGGUGAUAUGCA